AUGCCCCCCUCGACCUUUCCCGUGACAGCGGCUGCAGGCGGCGGCCUCUUCACUGCUCCUCAACAUCCUGCUUCAGCCGGCUCUGCGCUCCCUCCCGCUGGGGCGCAGUUGACUGAAGGAGACCCUGGAGUUUCUGAGAGUCUUCCCACCGGGCACCUCGCGCACGACUCCGGCCGCGCUUCGGACCACCCUUCCUGUUCUUCUCUGUGCUCUUCUCCGUCCAUUUCCUUCAUCCGUUCUUCCGCGUCGCCAGGCCGCGCGCUCGCCUAUCCCGCGCAGCCGCUGCGAUCGUCUCCUCUGCCCGCGGCCUGCUCGGCGGCCGUUCCGUCUCGGUGUGCGCGGCGGGGCAGUGCCGAGGCAGAAAAGGCCUCCGCAUGCGCCGCCUCGGACUCGGGCCAGGCGGGAGAGCGCGAAAAGGAUCGGCGAGGCAGCGCCGACCUGCAGAGAGGAAAGCCGACAAAGGCGUGCCCAGCGGUGGUUCCAGGCCCCGCCACCGAGCUGCUUCUUCUUCUGAAGAAAAAGGGGCUGUUCGGGCGCGACGGAUCGGCAGGCGCGGCAACCACCCCUUCACUCCUCCGCCUCGGGCACCCACCCGUGUCGGGUGCAUGUACACCCGGCUCCGACGGGAGCUGCCCGUGUCCGCGCGGCUCGGCUUCCCCGCGCCUCGGGACGUCGCUUCCCCGGAAGGACUCGAGGGGGGCCGAAGAAGAGCCCUCCUCCACGCCCUUCGCGCCGUCGCCGUGUCGAGGCUCAGCUUCCUCCUCGACAGCGAUCGACCGAGCCCAGAACUGCUUCGGAAGCGCGUGCGGCGCCUCGCCUUGUCUCCUGCGAGCGCAGUGCCCGCGGGGGCCCGCCUGCUGCAGCUUUGGGGACGCGCCCGUGCCCAGUGCAUGCAUCUCCAGCGCCACCGCUGCAAGUCGCUGCAUGCGCGAGAGCGCGACUCCCCGCUCGUCCGCGCGCCUGUCUCUGCCUUCCUUCCAGUCUUUCGGAAAGCCUCCCGCGAUGGAGAGAGCUGCCUUCCCCGCGUACGAUUGUCCGUUUCCGCCCGCGAUGGCGGGGUCUUGUCCCCAUUGCUUCGCCAGGCCCGCGGCCUGCUCGGGAGACGAGCGAGUGAAAGAGGGGAGAGAAGACCUGACUUGCUGUGAAAACGCCCCGGCCUCGGCCUGUUCGCACUCUGCUUUCUUGCCCCUCUCGGGCACCUGGAGGAGAGACGAGAAAGCUGAGGCGCCGGUUCCCUGGGAGACGAAGCAAAGCGCCCGUGAGAAGCUGCCUGCGCCCUUCCCUUCCUUUCCCCACCCCGCCUUUUCCUCUCUUCCGUUUUCUUUCCCGGCUGCUGCGCAGCCCUCCUUCCUCAGUUCUCUCGCUGGCGCUCCGCCGCUCCUCUUGGGAGGCUUCGGCCCCGGCGCAAGACGCGUCGACGGCUUGCGGGAAGAAGUUUUGUUCUUUCGAGAGCUGCCCGUCAAGGUGAAGAGCGGAUCUGACAGAGACACCUUCGUGUGUCCUCUCACCCUCAAACUCUCUGUCAGCGGCGGAGCUCAGGGAACUGGCUUUCAGCAAGUGCUUCGCGUGGAGCUGACGGACCGCCAGAACCUGUACGUACACUACAGCGCAGAAGUGGGGGAGACGGACUUUGCCCGCAUGCGCAGCGAUCAGCGACUUCUGAUCGAUUUCCAGGCGUUUCCCGCCAAGUUCGUCGACUUGCUCGAGGAGUGCGCGUUCUCGCAUUGUCCCGGGCUAUCCCCAGGAGACUCCGGGUCUCCGCAGAGACUUGCGGCGGUGUUUAAUUGCCCGGGCUUCUGUGGAUCGCGGGCGCCUUCGUCUCUGCCUGCGGACGCGGGGCGAGAGACAGAAAGUUCGUCGUCUGCGCUCCCCGGUUUCUCGCCCAGCCUCGAGAGCUGCAGCUCGGGAAAGAUGGCGGCUGUCGCGACAGCUGGGGACGACGCGUGGCUGAGUCUGGUGGAGAUGAAUUUGUUCAAAGAACUGACCCACCUCUCUCUGCGCAUGCGGAAAAGUUCCGAUGAGACACUCAAGCUCCACCUCGCUCAGCAGCUCGCCAGCUUUCAGAUUUUUAGUGCACAGAAAGUGGAGACAACAGCGAUGCUGGAGAAACAAUGUGCGCUCCUCCAAGACCAACUCUCCAGUCUCUCUCACCUCUUCGAAGCGUCGCAGGCCGAAAUGGCGCGUCACCUGGAGGAGACGAAGGAGAAGCAUCAGGAGACUCUGGAGAAGACGCUGGCGGUGCACCAAGCGGAAGCUGAAGAAGUGCUGAAACGCCUGGGAGAGGAGCAACGUGAAAUCGAGGAGAGACACUCCUCUGAGAAAGAAGAACUAAAACACAAAGCUGAAAAGGCCGAACAGGAACUCCUCCUCACGACCGGGCGCAAUCGGACGCUCGAAGCGGAGCUCAAGGAGUUGCAGCGUUUGUACGAAGAGGUGCGCAGCCAGGUGGGGCGCGCGGUUGGGCGCUGCGGCGAAGUUGAAGACCGCGAGAAGCAAGAGCGCGAAGGCAGGUGUCUCCUGGAACAGCGGACGGAGGAGCUUAAGGAAGAACUCACCAGACUGCGGGAGCGAGACACUUCCCACUCGGCGCUGCUCAAGGAACGCGAGACGCUUCUCGCCGAGCUUCAAAGCCAGAAGGCGGCGCUGCAGGAGACCGUAACUCAGCUGAAGGCAAGGGAAGUGCGACUGGAGGAGGAGCUCAACACGGCGAUUCAAGAAAUCCACCGAGGGAACGACAUCAUCGCGAAGCUCCAGCAGCACAUUCGCGCGUUCAAGAUGAAGCAAAAGGCGAGGAGUGCGGACCGGCAGGCACUGGAGAAGGACGUGGCAGCUUUGUCGCUGAAGAGCGCGUCGCUCCAGCAGCAACUUGACCAGCAACGCGCAGAGGACCGACAGAAAACUGAGCAGGCGACGGCUCUCUCGCAUCGCUGCGCGCAACUUUCUCAAGAAAUAGAUCAACUCCAGGAGGAACUGGCUGCGGCGAAAGACGUGAAUCUCCGUUUGAACAAGGAGUUGACGACUCGCCAGCUGGAGACGUACAUGGGGCGGUACACGGCGGCGCGGCCCUCAGUCCCCUCGGUUUCCGCCGCUCUCUCUGGUUUCGCUGCUUCUUCUCCGCCUCUCUCUGCAGGCGAGAACGCGAGGCCGAGCUCCUCCGGCACUGCCUCGACUGCGUUCUCGCCAGCGCCCUCGCUCGCCUCGCCCGGAAAGCACGAUCCGCGACCGGGGCGCGCAGGCUCGAGGAGCUUUGCGGGGCAAGAGGGGAAAGAAAAUCGCGAGGCCUUCCCGCUUCCCGUUUCCUCUGCAGCGGCGAACUCCACGCUGGCCGCUCUCGCAGGGUUGGGCCGCAGAGGCGCCGAGCAGCCGUAUGCAGCCGAUUUCUCGCAAGAUCCCCAGAGACUCGCGCGAGAAGACAGGCAGCUGGAACCAGUCAGGACAGAAAGUUGCGAACCUAGACGACCCGUAGGAUGGACAGGGGCUCCCCACGCCGGGCGGGAGUUUGCGGCUUCGGGGCUGCGUGCACCCUGCGUCUCCAGCGCCGGAGAGAAGCGAGAAGAAAGGGAAGAGCGGCGCGAGACGCAUGCACACGUCCCAGACCUCGCGCGGCCCACCGCCUUCGCAGCUGUCGACCAAGACAGUUUGUCUCCGUUCGCGCCUCCGCCCCCGCAGCCCGAAGGGUCUACGUUCGCCGAUCGACUUCGAGCAGCCAGCACUGCUACCUCGCAGCACCGCUGA